UGUUAGUAUUAGUCAAGAGUCUGGUGCCUGAUCUCGCCACAAGCCAGGGGAAGUGAAAACAUACCUCCUUGGGGUGAUAUUUCCUUUCUCUGAAAUGAGAAACCUCAUGAUACGGCGCACAGUCCCUGCAGUGGCCGAAUCUCCCGUGACUGGAAGUGCUGCCAAACACCAUGGUCUCAUUCAUCUGUGGAUUUGAGCCUGUGCGAGGAAAUACCGUGAUCACCAUCCUCACUGUCCUGUUUUGCUCUGGAAAUUUUCCCCCAUGCCUGAAUUUGAACCCUGGUACUACCACAGUGGCAAAAGGAACACUCCCCCCACCCAUCCUUUGGGCUGAGCCAGGUUCUAUAAUCUCUUGGGGCAAGUCUGUGACCAUCUUGUGUCAAGGAAUCCUCCAGGCACAGGAGUACUACUUGGAUAAAGAAGGAAGGACAUCACGUUUGUACAGACAGACCCUAAUGGAGCCUGGGGGCAAGGCCAUGUUCCCCAUCCUAUUCGUUACAGAGCUCCACGCAGGAGAAUAUCGCUGCUACUAUGAGAGCCCUGCUGGUUUUUCAGAGCACAGUGACAUGUUGGAACUGGUGGUGACAGAUGUCUAUAGUAAACCCAGCCUGUCAGCGCUGCCCAGUUCUGUUGUGACCCCAGGAGGGAAUGUAACUUUUCAGUGUGUCUCCUGGUUGGGAUUUGGCACCUUCGUUCUGACUGAGGAGGGAGAAAACAACCUCUCCUGGACUCACAAGGCACAGAGACAUCCAAACGGGCACAUGCAGGCCCUUUUUCCUGUGGGUCCCAUAAGCCCCAGCCACAGGCGGAAAUUCAGGUGUUACGGCUAUGACAAGAGCAAUGCCCAAGUCUGGUCAGCACCCAGUGACCCCCUGGAGCUCACAAUCUCAGGAAUGGAUGAGUUCACCAGUCCUUCAGCAAACAUGUCAGACCCCAGAACAGGCUCAUCUCUUCAAGACCACACGGUGGAGACUCUUACCAGGAUCGCAUUGGGCAGCUUGGUGUUGGUGGUUCUUGGAAUUUUCCUGUUUGAGGCUCAGCAUAGCCCAAGCCAGGAGGUAAACAAUGGAGACGGCUGUACACAUCUCAGAGUGGUGGUGCAAUGACCACUAUGCGUGGUGAACAUCACAGACAGAUGUGGUUCUGGAGCUAAACCUAGAAACACGUUGUGUGACCUCUGAGUUGGGGAUCUGUAGGGGAGCGACAUGAUGGUUUGGAAGCAUGAAGGUAUCAGGGUAGUUUUUUAAGAGAACUAUUCUUCCAUUAAACUCUGAUACUGUCCCACAAAUGUUGUUAUAUUUCUCUGACUGGUCCCUUCUUUUCUCACCCCUUUGCAUCUCUAAAGUACUCAUUUUAUAUUGUUUUUCCAUGUAACUUCACAAUUCGGGUUAAGAACAGCGUUCCUUUGCGAA